AUGGCCCCUCGAAAAACGCCAAAGGUCCUCCUCUUUGACAUCGGCGGCGUCUGCGUCAUUUCCCCCUUCCAAGAAAUCCUCAACACCGAGCUCUCCCUCAACAUCCCUCCCGGCUGGGUAAACUACUCCAUCUCUCGGACCGCCCCUAAUGGGUGGUGGCACCGCCUCGAACGCGGGGAAGUGCCGCUCGACAAGACCUGGUACGCCGGUUUUUCCUCCGACCUUCACGACCCCUCCCGCUGGGAAACCUUUUACAAUACCGUCGCGCGCAAGCGGGACCCCUCUCUCCCCGCCAGAGUCCCGCCUCUCCCCAAAAUCGAUGCCGAGCGCAUGUUCCUCGACAUGAUGCGCUCUGCGCGCGCACCCGACCCCUGGAUGUUCCCUGCCCUUCAAGCGCUGCGCAAGUCAGGGAAAUUCAUCAUCGCGGCGCUGAGCAACACAGUGAUCUUUCCCCCCGGGCACGAGCUGGCUGCGUUGAGCGACGAUCCGAAGAAGGAUCCGCUGAGGAGUUUGUUUGACGUGUUUAUUUCGUCGGCGCACGUCGGUCUGAGGAAGCCGGAUCCGAGGAUCUACCAGCUGGCGCUGAAGAAGGUAGAUGAGUUUGCGAGGGCGAAUGCAAAGACGGAGAGGGGCCGGGCUGCGAGGGAGGAGGGGAUUAAUUGGGAGGAGGGUGUGCGGGCGGAUGAGAUUGUGUUUUUGGAUGAUAUUGGGGAGAAUCUGAAGGCCGCGAAGAAUGCUGGGUUUGGGACGAUCAAGGUCCCGCUUGGGAGGGCAUAUGAGGCGGUUGAUGAGCUCGAGAAGAUUACGGGCUUGAAGUUGGCUGGUGAUCAUCCGAAAGUCCCGUUGAAGGCGGAUUAUAAGGGGAAAGCCAGGCUUUGA